UCCCUCCUGACCACGCUUGGUCUCCGCGCGACUCCCUCCUCACCCACCCCCAACCACGCAGCAGGGUAUAUCAUCGGCAACUGGUUCCUCGCCCACGGAAUACUCAACCCCCGAGCAGCCAUACGACGACUCGGGCAAGACCACAAUAAUGCUCCACGCGAGAAUCUGCUCAAAUACGGCGAAGCAGCCGUGCAAGCCGGCAAGAUCACCCGAGGCCAACUGAACCGACUCAAACGGCGGGAAGCUGCCUACGAGAAUGUCAUCGAGGGGUUUCCGCUAUUUAUCGCCGGGGUCCUUCUCGCCCUUCACGCAGGUGUCCCGACCGAGAUAAUCAACUGGAUUGGGUUGUGGUUCUCGGUGAUGCGGGUGGCAUAUGCAACCGCGGCCGUGGCGAUUGAAUCGGAACCACUGAACUUUGUGCCGUCGCUGCUGUGGUGGUUGGGCAACGUGAGUUGCUUCACAGCGUUGAUGUUGGCCGGGAAGAGGCUGUGA